UGACCACUUCCUGUGAGAGCAUGAACAGACACUCCCACUCUUCAUUUCAGCCUAGCUUCUGACCUGAGAGGUUCUCAAUGCAGCUCUGAUGUAAUGACACUUUUAGCAGUCAGGAAGUUUCUCCAACAAGAAAUUCAAUGAGAAGUGAGAGCUCAGCACAAAACAGAAAACUCAACACAAGUAGCAGAGACAGAAGCAACGGAUGAGAGGGAAUGUCAAUAAGGACAGUCUGUGAGACACACAGCAAAUGUGGUGUUGAAUGAGGAGCCUGAGAAGAAGGAAGAGAGAAAUGUUGUGGAGAAACUGUGGAAAUGAAACAGAGAGACAGUGACAGAAAUGGAGACAGAGACUCAGAUGCAGAUGGAGUUCAGAGGAGAAGAGAAGAAAGAUGAUGAUAUUAUCCAUGUGAUAGCGACAGAGAUGGAAGAGUUGGUCAGGCAGAUCCCUGACAUGGAGGAGAUGUGUAACAUGUGUGAUACAUUGUGUUCCUUACUGGCACAGGAAUCACAUGGAGCUGCACUGUGUGGGGCUGAGGGGGCACAUAAUGAGGGGGGCACAGAUGGGAUAAUGGCCCCUGGAUUGGCUCAUAUUGUGCUGGGUAUAAAGAGACAGAUCUGUGGGCAGGAGGCUACAGACCUGUUACUGGAUAUAAACACGGCUCAUAAUCAUUUAUCUGUAUCAGGGGACAGGAAAUCUGCUUCCUACUCACUAACAGAACUACAUUACCCACAAUCCCCAGAGAGAUUUCAGGAUAGGCCUCAGACUUUAAGCAGCAGGAGUUUCCCCUCAGGGCGACAUUACUGGGAAGUGGAGGGCAGUGAAUCAGGGGAGUGGAGGGUAGGGGUGGCCUAUCCCAGUAUAGAGAGGGGAGGACGACAGUCUGCAAUUGGGAAUAAUAACAAGUCCUGGUGUUUGUACAUGGAAGAUAAUAACAGAUAUUCAGUGGUACAUGACAGUAGAUGGACAGAGUUACCCCACGUCUCUUCCUGCAGGAGAAUCAGGAUCUCAUUGGACUAUGAGGCCGGACGUCUGUCCUUUUAUGAGCUGAAUGAGCCAAUCAGACACUUACACACCUUCACUGCCACAUUCACUGAGCCCCUUCAUGCUGCUUGUUUGGUAGGGUGGGCAGGUACCUGGUUGAAAAUCAUUAUUUAGCAAAAUGACCAAUAAAGAGAGGUAGAAGCUGGUCACAUGACUGUAGGAGAGGGAGUAACUAUAUCUGCCAUUCCCACAUCUGCUCUACUGUCCCUGAUCCCACUGCACCAAAAACAAGUGUCAAUUAACAUUAUACUGAUUCUUUUCUCUUUUUUUAUUACAUUUUUCAUCGUCAUCUGGUUUGGCGAUUCAUUUAAACCUUUUAGUGUCACUUGAUUCAUGUUAGAUAAUCUUGAAAAUGUUGUGCUCUUUUAAUUUGUGGGCAUUUCAUUGGUGUCCAUAAGUCGUCCAAAAAAGUUCUGUACAGUCUAGCUCUAAAAUGUGCCUGGAUCUGUGUGAUUCUACUUGUGUAACAAAAUAAUUGCCAAUUCCCUCCCAUCAUCUCUAAGUAGCAUUUGUAAUAGGGGGAAUAAACCAAAUGCCUCAUUAAAUAUAUAAAUAUUC